GAAUGCACCACUCUGCAGUUCUUCUCCUACCUUAGGUCACCCUCCUCGAGAGGGGUGGAAGUGGAACCCAUCCAUCGCGCGCAGGGAGGGAGCAGCUCCUCGACUCGACUCGAUCGCCUCCGCCCGCCCGCCGCCGUUCCGCCUACCUCACCGCCCCGGACGCCGGCGCCGCCACGCCUGCCAUGGCAAAUACUCUGAGAUUGUAUCUCACUUGCAUAAGGAACACUCUGGAGGCUGCCAUGUGCCUGCAGAAUUUCCCUUGCCAAGAGGUCGAGAGGCACAACAAACCAGAGGUCGAGCUAAAGACUAGCCCUGAACUUCUGCUGAAUCCUGUUCUCAUAUGCCGCAAUGAAGCAGAGAAGUGUUUGAUAGAGACUUCAAUCAACUCUAUUCGCAUUAGCAUGAAGGUUAAACAAGCAGAUGAGCUAGAAAAUAUUCUUGCAAAGAAGUUCCUUAGGUUUCUAUCAAUGAGAGCAGAGGCAUUCCAAGUGUUGAGGAGAAAGCCAGUUCAGGGUUAUGAUAUCAGUUUCCUAAUAACAAACUACCACUGCGAGGACAUGCACAAGCAUAAGCUUAUAGAUUUCAUAGUUCAGUUUAUGGAGGAUAUCGACAAGGAGAUCAGUGAGCUAAAGCUUUCAGUAAAUACACGUGGCCGGUUAGUGGCAACUGAAUUCCUGAAGCAGUUCAUAUGAAACAUUCUUAGUGGCCUUUGAAAAAUAUACUCCUACGAUUCUAACGCUGUUAGCGUGCUAUCUCAGCAUUUAUCGAGCAAAUCUGGAAGGAGCUUUCCACCAUUUUGUUUUCCUUUUGUAAAUGUGUUGAUAAGGAUAUGAAUUCUUGAUCCAGCUAGACCCCAUUGCAAGCUAAAGUCUGCCCCUGGCAAGAGGUAUCAGGGGAUGCAAUGGCAUCGGCAGUAGUAGGUGAAGAAUAUAUUUUCGGCCUUUUGGCUCAGCAAUUCUGUACUGGGCCGGCCAAGUUUUAUGUGAAAUGCCAAAAUUGGGGCUCACGCACCUUGCUUGCUUGUCGUCUCUGGCUCCAGUUCCAAUUCCACGGCAAAGUUGCAUUAGCUGCUUAAAUUCAUUUCAGUGUUCAAUCUAUUAGCCUUAAUUGGUGUGAGUU